UCAAACUAAGGCAAACUGUGUGAUUUCGACUGGUGCUUCAGAACUGUAAUUGUGUGCAAUUUAUCGCUGUACUUACUCUCGGCCCAUUGGGACUUACUUACGGAUAGCUUUGGAAUUUAUGUUCAUGUGACUUUUAAAAAAAAAUUGUGAUUUUUCUCAACUUUGACUUACUCAGGAUAUAUUGACAAAAUAUAUAACUACCUUCAAUUUAUAGCAUUCUUUAAAUUGAACAUGGUAUCCAAACCUUUCCCUAGUCAUCCAUAUUCCUUACUUGCAUUCUGGUUGGUUAUUUUUCAAAUUUCGAAAAGCGCUGUAGCAACAACCGCUACUCCUGUACCUGUCUUCCAAGUCACGCCACCAUCAGAUGGCACACUUUCAGUCACUUCUAAGCCGGCUCUUUAUCGUGACACCAGUCAUUACGACAGUUCUAAAAACAGUGCUGAGAGAUAUAUGGCAUCUUGGAACUCUACAACUAUUCUAAGAGAAAACAAUGUACGUUCCAAACCCCCAUCGAGUUCCGAGAUUGGAAGCAGAGAGAUUGACCAUGGGGAUUUUCUAAAUGGGAACUAUCACGUAGUUCGUGGAUCCACACAUAAAGAGGAUUCAAAAGAAAGUGAAAGAAGUAGUGAAGAACUUCGGGAACGAGAAGGGUCUGCUUUCAUCCCAAAAGGAAGCAGAAUUCCGACGUCAAAUCAUGUUGAUUCCAAUGAGAAUGAGCUCAUUGAACAGCCUAAACCUGUAUACCCUCCUAUACCGGGUGCUGGAUACAUACCUCCUGCAACAGCAAAUGAUCAAUCAGCACCAGUAAUUCUUGGAUUCCAACACGAAAGAGACGUACCACGAGUUGAAUAUGUAACAGCUGAUUGCUUUAGCAAUUAUAUGAAAAUUACUAUACAAUUCAAUGGAUCAUUUGAUGGUUUGGUCUACAGCACUGGAUAUGCUCAUGACAAUGAUUGCGUCUACGUCAAUGGAUCAGGUCAUGAUAGAUACGAAUUUUCAAUUCGAUUGAACAGAUGUGGUACUUUGGGUAGACCAGAAUUUGAACCCUCAUCAAACGAAGUUCCGGACCGAAAUCAUUUUAUGUGGAACACAAUCACUGUUCAAUACAAUCCAGAAAUUGAAGAAGAUUGGGAUGAGCAUUUUCAAGUGACUUGCGAAUAUGGUUAUGAAUUCCGAAGAACUGUUACCUUUCCAGUCGUUGGCGUAGAAAAAAAUACAGCUAGUCCAUAUUUAGUUACUCUCUCACCCCCUCAAUGCUACAUGGAAGUUCGAACUGGCUUUGGACCAUCUGGAGGCCGCCUAACUGGACCUGUAACUGUUGGUGAUCCAUUGACCCUUAUGAUUCAUAUGGAAAGUGAUAGCACUGAAUUUGAUGUGGCUGUCAGUAGUUGCUAUGCCCAUAAUGGCGCCAAGAAAAAACUGCAGCUUAUCGAUGCUAAUGGGUGCAUUCUCAAAGAACAGCUAAUGAGUCCUUUUCGUGGAGUGCGCAGUGCUGGUGGAACAAAUCAUGUUGCACUCUAUGCAUAUUUUAAGGCUUUUCGUUUUACAAGCAGUCCAGCACUCUAUUUAGAAUGUGAUGUUCAUAUGUGCCAUGGAACGUGCCCGGCUCAACGAUGUCACUGGAAAAAUCUUGCAAAACGAUCAGCUGAUUUACAAUUUGACAACGACAAUUCUUCUUUAACAUCUGAAAACGUAAGUUUAUUCCAAGCUUUGCAAGUGCUACAGGAAUCGUCGGAGGCGUCUGAAUUAGGAAAACCUAAAGCUGAUGAAGUACAAAGUAGUACUAUGUGCUUACCUGUGCUAGCAUUAACAGCUGUAACAACUGCUUUCUUAGCCUGCUUGCUGCUCUCUACUGUUAUGUGCAUCCUGCUAUGUCUGAGAAUGAGGCGAAUGAAAGAAGUAGGUAGUGUAUCAGAUUUGAACACUUACAUGGGGAAUCCCUACCUACACAAGCAGCCCUCUAGGAAAAGAUUAUAGAUCUUUUUACACUGUCGGUGGCUACAGUGACUUAAACUACAGUGAGCUGCAAAUAUAGAUGAGCUAUUUACUUUUUAAUGAUGCAGCUUACAAUUUUGAAUGUUGUAGCAUUUAUGAAAUUCUGCGAUCCAAGAAAAAACAGGAAUAAUUGCAUAACUUUUUAUAUUACGUGAUUCGGUAAAAUCCCAAUGAAAAACAAUCAAAAAUUUUCUAUUGUAAUCUAUUUUUUGUACCUGUACUGAUUUCUUGUAUCCCUAAAAAGUUAAGCGUAGUUUGAUAGUUAGUAAUUUGCUUCAGAUGUAUGCUUGGUAUUAAAAUUUCCCUGAAUAUACAAAGCUUUUUUUAAACUAAUUUAGCUUAGAAAUUUGAAUUCGAAAGCAUUCAAUAUAUUCUGAAUCAUGGAGAUUGACAUUCAUAAAUCUUUUUUUAUAUACUGUAGUUAGUUUAACUCAUUUUAUAUCAAUGAACAAUACGAACAGCAAAUUUUAUUAACUAAUAAAAUUGGAGGCUAUGACAUUUAUGUCAUUCUUUGUGACAAUAAAAAGGGAUACUAUAACGUUCACAUCAACAAAAAUGUAAAUAGAUUAAUGAUAUUGUUGAAAAUUUUUGAGGAAAUGUUUUGCAUAAAGCUCAAAGAAUAAACGUUAAAAGAAUCUUAUCACCUAGAUAUGAUGUCAUAAUCUUUGACGAUAAGGUGAUUAUCAGGAAAUUACUUAUUAGAUAUAUCGAUUAUUUUUAAGAAAUUUCCAUCAAAGCAGAUUUAAUCUGCUAUAGUUACUUGACAUGAAGCAGUAAGUCAUGAAUUUUGCAGUUUAACGAUAUUUCGAGCUAAUUAAAUUUUUACAAUAAAAUUAUUUAAUACAUACAUAACUUAUCUGAUGACAAUAUUUCUUAAUAUUAUAUGCAAUAAAUCCAUUAAAGUCCUGUUAGAUAUAGCAUUUCAUUUCAUAUUAAAUUAAUUUGUUGUGUUUCUAUUAAGAAAGAUAUGCAUUGUUUAAAAUUUAAUUUAUUAUAACAAUAUAACUGCUGAUAAUUUAUUAUAACAAUAUAACUGCAAUAUAUUUGCUGAACUAAGGAGGAAUGUAUAUAAAUAUAUCUAGAUUUACACUGGAGAACUCAAAAAAGAUGUCUAUAGAUAAGCUAAUGCGUAUAUAUUCCGUAUCUGUAAUUAUAAAAUACAUUAAAAAUGCUCGCAUAGUUUUACAUUUAUUCCUUAAUUUAUGAAGAUGCAAACAACAAAUAAUUAUUUCUUUAUAAAAUAUUGAAAACAAUAUUGAAUUACU